AUGAAAGGUUUCACUGCGAGGAAACAGAGCAGAGACUCACUCUUUGCAGCGGCACUUGGUGGCUUUCAUCUUCUUAGGGUGAGUGUCAAGAUGUAUACAUCACGGAAGAAAAUCCACAAAGAUAAGGAUGCUGAGCCAACUGAAUUUGAGGAGUCAGUUGGACAGGCAUUGUUUGAUCUUGAAAAUACCAACAAUGAGCUGAAAAGUGAUCUGAAAGAUUUAUACAUAAAUUCAGCUGUUCAAAUUGAUGUUUCUGGGAACCGCAAGGCUGUGGUUAUCCAUGUCCCCUACAGAUUAAGGAAAGGAUUCAGGAAGAUCCAUGUCAGGCUUGUGAGAGAACUUGAGAAAAAAUUUAGCGGGAAGGAUGUAGUCCUGAUUGCCACCAGGAGGAUAUUGAGGCCACCAAAGAAAGGUUCAGCCGUUCAGCGUCCUCGCAGCCGGACACUCACUGCUGUGCAUGAGGCAAUGCUGGAGGAUAUUGUAUUACCUGCUGAGAUUGUUGGAAAGCGUGUUAGGUAUAGAAUUGAUGGUUCUAAGAUCAUGAAGGUGUUUUUGGACCCCAAGGAGAGAAACAACACUGAGUACAAGUUGGAGACUUUUGCUGCAGUAUACAGGAAGUUUUCUGGCAAAGAUGUUGUGUUUGACUAUCCUACAACCGAGGCUUAG